GGAAGUCCCUUUCCUCUCGCUGGUUUCACGUUCUUGCUCACUCUGAAAUCUCGCGUGUGCGGCCUGUCCUUCCUCUUUCUCACCCAGCUCGACAAGAUGGCAGUCGGCAAGAACAAGAGGCUGACCAAAGGUGGUAAAAAGGGUGCCAAAAAGAAGAUUGUUGACCCCUUCUCUAAAAAGGAUUGGUACGAUGUCAAGGCACCUGCAAUGUUUAACAUCCGUAAUCUGGGGAAGACUCUUGUCACCAGGACCCAGGGAACCAAAAUUGCCUCUGAUGGGCUCAAGGGUCGUGUGUUUGAAGUGAGCCUUGCUGAUCUGCAAAAUGAUGAAGUUGCUUUCCGUAAAUUCAAGUUGGUCACAGAAGAUGUCCAGGGUAAAAACUGUCUGACCAAUUUCCAUGGCAUGGAUCUUACCCGUGAUAAAAUGUGCUCUAUGGUCAAGAAAUGGCAGACUAUGAUUGAAGCACAUGUUGAUGUUAAGACUACAGAUGGCUACCUUCUUCGUCUCUUCUGUGUUGGAUUCACAAAGAAACGCAAUAACCAGAUCAGAAAAACGUCCUAUGCCCAGCAUCAACAAGUUCGUCAGAUUCGCAAGAAGAUGAUGGAGAUUAUGACUCGUGAAGUGCAGACCAAUGACUUGAAAGAAGUUGUUAACAAACU